AUGGUUCGUUUGGACGAUGCAAUGAAAGACCUCUGCAAGUGUGGCUCAGUUCACAUGCUUCAGACAUUGUUUGAGAUGACAGGACACCAUUACAUUGGUCCCAUCACAAUGGAUCACUUGGUACUUGCCAUGGACAGUGGCAACAUACACUUUGUUCAUUUACUUCUCAAACUCAAUGGUCAAUUGAACGACAUUCAACCCAACGUGAGUCCAUUUAUUCCUUUUAGAGAGAUGUUCCGAUUCCCUGGUAUCGAUGUCGAUAUGCUCAAGCUUCUCAAUGAGAUGGGCGAACUCAGUCAUUGUGUUGGACUUUUCAACUUGGCACUUCAUCAUUGUAUCACGAAUCGCCGUGUUGAGAGUGUCCAAUACCUCUUUGAGGUGACCAAGGAAUUAGAUUCCCAAAAAAUAAGAGAGUUCGAAACAACGGUCCGUGAUGGCAUCUUCAAUCAAGCUAGACUUGGAGAUCUGGACAUCCUCCAGUCGCUUCUAUUGAUGGUGCAACGCAAUAGUUCAACUUCGCGUGGAAAUCUGAUCUGGGAUGCUGCGGUGAAUGGUCACAUGCACAUCGUCGAACAUCUUCACAAGAACAACAUUGGCAAUGGCACAUUGACGUCAGAUGAGGAGUCCACCGCCAAUCAACUGAUGAGCACCCGUUGUGGCGACCAAUGGGAUCAGGCAGUAGUUUCCAAAGUCCUUUACCUCCGUCCAUUGGACCAACUGAAUGAUGCACUGAAGAGAAAUGAUCAGAUCACCGCAGCGGACAUUCUCAACAACCACUGGGACAAUGGACUGUCGUCAACAUGGCCUGUCCCAAGUUGUCUAUUUUAG